UCUACUGCUGUGCGUCAUGAAUAGUUCAUGUAUUACUUUUACAGGCAUGCAUCUUCUUGAGAAACACGUUCAUCGGUUUUCAAAUACUGCAAUGAUCUCAUUAAAUUUCACGAGAUCGAGAUGCCGAGUUUCGCGAAGCGGAGCUGUAAUUCGCAUGAAGAUUGCAUCAAGGUGAAUGUGGUCGAGUAGAGGAACCAAGGGUGUAGAGACAUAGAUGUACAGAACGCCAAGACAAACUGGCAGCUAGCGAUCUACGGGAGCUCCGACGCGCAAGUUGCUGCUACCUACCUGAGGAAGCUCUCUCCAUCAACACCACCAAAAGUAUCCCAGCUUGCCCUCCUCCAAUCUUCCUUUGGAGUCACUUCCUCAAUCACGAACUUCUUACAGUUGACAAUCGAGUGCAUACUCUUUUCUACUUACAAUCAUGACGUCAAUAGGUACAGGCUAUGACCUGUCCAAUUCCGUGUUCUCCCCCGAUGGCCGUAACUUCCAGGUCGAAUAUGCAGUAAAGGCGGUCGAAAACGGCGGUACAGCCGUUGGCAUACGGUGCAAGGACGGCAUUGUGCUGGCGCUGGAGAAGCUUGUGACGAGCAAGCUGCUAAAAUCUGGAGCGAACAAACGGAUAGCCACCGUGGACCGAAAUGUCGGCAUAGUCUCAUCAGGUCUUCUCCCGGAUGGUCGCCACUUUGUAUCACGAGCACGCGACGAGGCAGCUGCUUGGCGGCAACAGUACAAGGCUCCGAUCCCGACAUCUUCGCUCGCCGACCGCAUGGGAAGCUACGUUCAGGCAUAUACCCUGUACUCGAGUGUACGACCUUUUGGUGUAACCUCGAUCAUAGGAGGAUGGGAUGCUGAGGCCGAGCUACCUGUAGACGGCCAGGUUGGCUCUGGACCUAAAGUCGGUUCUGGCGGCAAGAAAGAGGGUGCAAAACAUGGCGGUCCAUUUCUCUAUAUGAUCGAGCCCAGUGGGUUGUACUGGGGUUACUACGGCGCUGCCACGGGCAAAGGCCGCCAGAUCGCCAAGUCAGAGUUGGAGAAGCUGAAUCUUGUCGAUGGCGAAAUGUCACUGGAGCAGGGAGUCAAGGAGGCCGCGCGCAUCAUCUACAUUGCCCACGACGACAACAAGGACAAGGAGUUUGAGCUGGAAAUGACAUGGAUCAGCGCUAUCAGUGGACCCACCAAGGGCAAGCACGAGGAAGUGCCCAAGGAGCUGCGAGAAGAGGCUGAGAAGCUGGCGAAGAAGGCUCUGGAGGGUGACGACGACGAUGAGGAGGAGAUGCAGGAAUAGAUACGUCCAACCUCGCGGCAUCCAGCGAAUGAUACAGCUUAGACAGCCGUGCAUGAUAAACGACUGGUUUCGCGGCCUUUAAUGAACACCUUCACGUACAUUGCAUAUGGAGCGAGUGGACGCACGCAGGCGCACUGCAUCUCAAAAAAUAAAGUGUGACGUAGUGUGAGUAUGUGACAGUAAGUGGAUUGAAAUGCUUGUCAGAUCGUUCGCCCCACCUUC